AUCAAAGAGAACCGUUAAGCGGACCGUUAGGUCAUCUUUAUCCUGCUACUAAGCUUCAACAAUGACCGACCAGCUUUGCAAACUUUUCGUCGGUGGUCUGAACGUGGACACCGACGACGAUGGCCUGCGCAAGCACUUCGAGCAGUACGGUAUGCUCACCGACUGCGUGGUCGUGGUGAACAAAGCGCUGCUGCGGUCCCGCUGCUUCGGCUUUGUCACCUACUCCACGCCGGAGGAGGCCGACGCUGCCAUGGCGGCUAGGCCUCACACCGUCGACGGCAACAUGGUCGAGGUGAAGCGGGCCGUGGCGAGAGAAGACGCCAACAAGCCAGAGGCCCUCGCAAAGGUGAAGAAAAUAUUCGUCGGUGGUUUGAAAGACGACAUCGAAGAGGAGCACCUGACCGAAUAUUUCUGUACCUACGGCCAGAUCGAGAAGGCCGAAGUCAUCUCGGAGAAGGAGACCGGGAAGAAGAGGGGCUUCGGCUUUGUUUAUUUCACCGACCACGACGCGGCCGAUAAAGCCGUCGUGGUGAAAUUUCACACCGUCAAUGGACACAAAGUUGAGGUGAAGAAAGCCCUGACGAAGCAGGAGAUGCAGGCGGCCAAUAGAGGCGGUAUGGCACCGAGAGGCAGGCCGAUGCGAGGCAUGAGGGGAAAUCAAAAUGGCUACGGCAGCAGGGACUACGGCGGAAACUACAACUACGGAAAUGGCGGCGGCUACAACUGUGGCGGUGGCGGCUACGGAGGCUAUGGCGGACCAGGUUACGGGUACGGAGACCAGGGAAGUGGCUAUGGCGGUGGAAACGGCUACAACGAGUUUGGCAGCGGCUAUGGUCAGCAUUCAUCCGGCUACGGUCCCAUGAAGCAGCCGUUCAGCGGGCAGAGGAGCGGGGCUCCCUACACCAGAGGCGGCGGCGGUGGCCUACCCGAGGGGGGGCUACGGCGGCUACUAGACGAGCCGGCACUCAUCGACCACCCCCAUCCCCCUCAUAAAUUACCUCCAGCCAGGAUUUGGACGUCAAAAUCAAAUUCAGUAACGGGGCGUCUGCCGUGAAAUCCAACAAUGGCAGAGAUACGGACACAGAGACCCCCCUAAUCACCAGACCUCAAAAACCCAAACAGGUUGCUACGGUAACCUGGGCACGAGGACAUCACCCCUGAAAAAGGAUGGGGUGUGUCUCCACGCCGUCGGGGGGACCAGAGAGUGGUUGUCCCUUCUCCCCCUCAGGUGAUGUCAGUUUUCACAAAGGAUUGCCCACAUUGUGGUCAUACAGGGGUUUUAUUCUGAAAGGUUUUAAUGGAAACUUGGUGGAUUAUGAAGUUUUGGAGAAUUUUGAUAACACAGUGCCCUGGUGCGAUCUUAAAAUUUCUUUCUCCAAUGAUCAGCACUAAUGGCCCUGUGAUGUAGUAUUAUGGGCUGAUUAUUUGCCUCUUUUAACAGACCUAAAUAUACUGAAACUAGAACAUCUUUUUAAUAAAUCACCUUUGAGCAUAAGACUUUUAGGAUCAUUUAGUCAAGCUGCUGAUGACCUGGGAGAAAGAAUUUGCACUUUGGGCACUGUGGAUUUCAAAAUACAAUAAACAUUUAUGAUUAUAAUGUUUGUCUUGUGUUUUUAAUAAGUCUGCAGGCUUUAACAAUAAUACAUUACAUUUAAGAGCAACUUUGAGAUCAUGUUGAAUCACAUAAGAUCAAUAAUAAAAAAUGCGAUUAGCAGUAAAGCACCAGUUAUUUAACACCAGUGAAAUCAAAAAUAAGCAAACACAGCUCAGUAAUGAGUUAAAAUCCAGACCCAGAAAACAAGAUCCGGUUGUUGAGUAAAAUGGUGAAGUUAGUUUACAACGAUGUGUUUUGGGAGCCGUUGGGUAUAUAUUCUGUAAUAACCCGUUAGCUUGGCUACAAUAUGAUAUCCAAUCUGAUCCAAUCCACGUUAUUUAUAUAGCACAAUUUUAACAAACACAAGGUUUCUAAAGUGCUGCACAGCCAGGUAACAUCGAUAAGUAGACAAUAUUGGACAUUAUUGUUGGAUGGAAAAAGCUGUGCAGCAGUUGGAAGACUGGGGAGUGCAGAUAUGAUUUUGUGACUUUAAAAAAAGUAAAAGAUAGUAUAUGGCAAAUAAAAUCUUGGUGUAAGGUAUAAGAACAGGCUAUAAGCCAUCAGUAAAGUUCAAAUAUUAACAACAUUUAAAAUAAAUGAUUAAAAUGUACCAUAUUAUAAAUACAGCAUCAAUACAUCCAAACAUUCGUGUCUUCUAAUAAGCAAAAGACCACAGUUCAGCGGUAAGUUUAGUUUAGUCUGCUGGAAAAGAUGCAAACGUAAAAAUAAGCUAGUACAUGGAAGAAAAAUGAUUGCUCAGACACUCACCUGCUGAGUGAGCAGAUAUAUUUGAAUCGGGUUAAAAGCGCUUUGUUUCAGAAGGUGGAGUUGUUGGCGUGUAAAGGCUAGUUUUAAAAUGUUUUUAGACCACUGAUUAAAACUCAAAUGACUAUAUCUGACAAAAAAGUAUUAGACACAAUUCUCAUGAUAGUUGAGGGAGGAAAAAUCAAAAAGGAAAGGUGUCACAUAGACCUGUAUUGAUCAUUUUUCCUGGAGACUUAUUGACGAUGAGAAGCGGUGAUCAAAGCCUCGUGCUCGUACGGCCCCACGUGUGCCUCCCAGUUACUAGAUCAGGAAGUAAAAGCCUCAUUGCGCAACAUACUGCACGUACACGUCCCCAGGCCGCUGAUGUAAUCUGCUGUUAAAAAGCGACGCGAACUGAAACAUGCAUAUAUAUGUGUGUGUGUGUGUGCGUGUGUGUGUGUGUGUACAUGUACGAUGCUCAGUAAUCCUGAGGUUGAUCAUACUGGUCACAACAGUCUGUUAGAUGAAAUGUUGAACAAAAGUGAAAUGAAAAUAUAUAACUGUUGGUGUGGUUUUGUAGAAUUUUAUUGUGUUGUGCUCUGUUGGAUGGUUUUCGUGUUUUGUCAUGAUGAACAUUACAUCUGACAGCACAGGUUUUACGACUUUCUCACUUUAACAGUGGUGCCUUGAUUUUGAUCAGAGCCACCGCAAUUUUAUAAAAUUAUCAAGUGAAAGAAGCCCAACCUCAACUCAGAGGUACAUUGCUGUAAUCCCUCAAUUUUCUAAAAGUGGGGAGUAGGGCCUGUCUGAUGUACUGUGACUCGCUCUGCUGUUUUGUGACAGAAAUCUUAAAAUCUGUAAAAGUGAUGCAUGACGCGGCGACGGGAGUGUAAUCUUUACUUUUGUUCUUACCUUUUAUAGGAUAAGGGGGCUUGACGAUUUCUGAUCAUCCCAUAGGGAAAAAGGAAACGACUGUUAUGUUGGCCAUGAUUUUUAUGAAUCUACAAUAAAUUAUAUAUUUUUAUACACCAA